CCGCCAUAUUGUCUGCCGAAGCUACCGCUGAAGCUACCGCUGCGGCCGCCGCCAAGUCUGAGCGAGCGGAGCCGCGAUGGAGACCAUGGCAAGCCCAGGGAAAGACAAUUAUCGAAUGAAGAGCUAUAAGAACAAUGCCUUAAACCCUGAGGAAAUGAGACGAAGGAGGGAGGAAGAGGGCAUUCAGCUUCGGAAACAGAAGCGGGAACAACAACUUUUUAAACGGAGAAAUGUAGAGCUGAUUAAUGAAGAAGCUGCCAUGUAUGAUAGUCUGCUGAUGGAUUCCUACGUGAGCUCUACAACUGGGGAGAGUGUGAUCACAAGAGAAAUGGUGGAGAUGCUCUUUUCUGACGAUUCUGACUUGCAGUUAGCAACCACACAGAAAUUCCGGAAACUCCUUUCCAAAGAGCCGAGUCCUCCAAUAGAUGAAGUUAUUAGCACUCCAGGAGUGGUUGAUCGGUUUGUGGAGUUUCUGAAGAGGAGUGAGAAUUGUACAUUACAGUUUGAAGCUGCCUGGGCUCUAACAAACAUUGCCUCUGGAACCUCUCAGCAGACCAAAAUUGUCAUUGAAGCAGGAGCUGUCCCCAUUUUUAUAGAGCUGCUUAACUCGGACUUUGAAGAUGUACAAGAACAGGCAGUCUGGGCGCUUGGAAACAUAGCCGGAGACAGUUCGGUUUGCAGAGAUUAUGUCUUAAAUUGUUCCAUCCUUAAUCCUUUGUUAACACUCCUUACUAAGUCCACACGACUGACGAUGACACGGAAUGCAGUUUGGGCCCUCUCAAACCUCUGCCGAGGGAAGAAUCCUCCUCCAGAGUUCGCAAAGGUCUCUCCUUGUUUGCCUGUCUUGUCCCGCCUACUCUUCAGCAGCGACUCAGACUUGCUGGCAGAUGCUUGCUGGGCUCUCUCUUACCUGUCUGAUGGCCCCAAUGAGAAGAUUCAGGCAGUCAUAGACUCUGGAGUCUGCCGGAGAUUGGUAGAACUUCUGAUGCACAACGAUUACAAAGUGGCAUCUCCUGCUUUGAGAGCUGUGGGUAAUAUUGUCACUGGGGAUGACAUCCAGACCCAGGUCAUUCUUAACUGCUCAGCCCUCCCUUGCCUCCUCCACCUGCUGAGCAGCUCUAAGGAAUCAAUCCGUAAGGAAGCUUGCUGGACCAUUUCAAACAUCACUGCUGGCAACAGGGCUCAGAUACAGGCUGUCAUAGAUGCAAAUAUCUUCCCUGUAUUGAUCGAAAUCCUUCAGAAAGCAGAGUUCCGUACAAGGAAAGAAGCAGCCUGGGCUAUCACGAAUGCCACGUCAGGAGGAACCCCUGAGCAAAUCAGGUACCUGGUGUCACUGGGCUGCAUUAAACCCCUGUGUGACCUGCUGACUGUAAUGGAUUCAAAAAUUGUGCAAGUGGCCCUCAAUGGACUAGAGAACAUUCUGCGGCUUGGAGAGCAGGAGGGCAAGCGCAGUGGCUCAGGGGUCAAUCCCUACUGUGGCCUCAUCGAGGAAGCCUACGGCUUGGAUAAAAUUGAGUUUCUCCAAAGCCAUGAGAACCAGGAAAUCUACCAGAAGGCCUUUGACCUCAUUGAGCACUACUUUGGUGUGGAGGAUGACGACAGCAGCCUGGCUCCUCAGGUGGAUGAGACGCAGCAGCAGUUCAUCUUCCAGCAGCCUGAGGCCCCCAUGGAGGGCUUCCAGCUAUAAUGUCUGCCUCCGGGGAGGGGAGGGCAUGGGAAGCACCAGCAGCCAGCAGAGGAGCAGCCUUCUGGUGGGCAGGAGAACAGCCACCCCACCCACACCUGCUGCCCUGGAGACUGUGCUCUUGACCUGCUCAUCCCCUUCCCUGGAGGGAGCGCCCUCUGGACAGACAGAACCAUCUGAGGCUCACAUUGGGUUUUGAGACAAGAAGGGGACGUGUGGGUUUCUCUUGCUUACACUUUAUUUUGGCUGCACACAUGUCUUUAACCCAGGAGCCCAGGGGCAGACAAAGGAGGACUGAGGUAAUCAAUUUGCACCUUUAAAUUUUUUUUCUUUUAUUUUCUUUAGUGGUGACUUCCCUCCCAAUUAUCUUUCUUCAUCCAUCCCAGUCCUCUGCCCUGACGUGUGUAACUCUUGGGUACUUGAGCAGAUGGAAUAUUCCAGAGGUGGGAGGUGGGAGGGGAGGGGAGAAGUCCGAAACAAAGUGUUCUUGCUCUGACCGAAUAUUAAUCUUGUAUGCUUGGAUUAUUUAAUUUUUUCUUUUGCACAUUUUUCUUCUAUUAAGGUUGUUCUUCCCAAAAAGCUGGAUUUAGGAACCCAGCUGCCAGCAUUGUCUGGAAAUAGAGGCUAAUGGGGAGGCCCCCAUGAAACAAAGGUCCCUCCCUCCCUCUGACCCUACGCCUAAGACCUCUUUAGUUUGGGAGGAUCCCUCCGUCACUCUCCUGGAGCAAGUAUACCAGUGGAGUGGAAGGGAGGGGCACAGGCCUUUAGACAGGGCUUCUCCUGUGUAGCUACUGACCCUGUUUCCUACCCACUUCCUAAAUGGUGCGACCCAACUUCAUUUGUUUACUUGAAAAUUCACCUCAGAGUUGAAUGAACCUCUGAGGUGGCUGUGUUUUCUCCUGAGCUUGAGAUGGGGGGCUGUGGUCCUUCCUUCUCCUGAGGAGAAAGUCCUUGCUCUGAUGACCCCUAAGUUGCAGAGGAGGUUGGAGUUAGUGUCGUGGAUUGGGAUAGUCAUGAAUCCCUGCCUUUGGCCUUUCUUCUUCCUUCUGCCAUCGCUGGAUCAUGUAUAUUUCACUUCCAAAGGAGAGAAUGUCAGAAAGUUCUGGGUUUUUUUGGUUUGUUUUUGUUUUUGUUUUUUUGUUUUUUGUUUUUUUUUUACUAGUCUGUAUUUUAAGUAGGUCAGUCUUAAUUGGUCUUAGGAGGACAAACUGGAUGUGAGUGGGAUACUGUGAGGAAGACCAGGAAGAUGUACAUCUUUCUGCUCAGAGGACUGAACUCGGGCCUUUUUUUCUCUGCUUGUAUUCUGGGCCACCACUUGGGACCAACUCUCACUUCUGGAACCUUUAUGAAGUAAAUCAGCUGGAUCUGAUUGUUCCCAACCUGAAGGGAGCAAGGAGGGCCUCAAGGCCCGGUGAAGUCUGCUACUCUCUUCCUUGCUUCUAAGCAGAAAACAUCCUGCCUUCUCUAACUCAGUGUCAGCCACUGUUACCCACACUAAGUCAUGACACAGCUGCCUCUCCUGUUACCAGAGAACCCUGUCAGCACCUCCCUUCUGAGGGUCCUCGUCCUUGGCUUGCAUUUCCCGUUUCCUGAGAGUUAUAUAGAUCCUUCUCUCCCCCUCCCUUUCCCUCACCCCACUCCUCCCUCCCUCUCCCUCACCCCACCCCCUCUCUCAGUAAAGCCAGUUCAGUGCCUCAGAGGCUGGCCUAUAUUUUAAGGGGUUACACAGUUCACUAAAUGGGAGCUCUGAGAGCUGGUAGUGGGUGCAUUGUCAGCGAGGUAGACCACCCGUGGAGGUGGCUGCACAGUGCCCCAUUGUGGUACCCCACACACCCUUACCUGCACUUUUCUUUCUCUAGACCAGCACUGUUGUAUUCCUGCCCUACACUUGCAGAUCUAACGUUCAGGUUCUUGCUGCUGGCCUCUGCCUUUCCCUCUCCCGUCUGUCCUUUAGUUUUCAGUCCCUGCUCCAGAUUCCUCUAAAAAAGUAGUUCAGGGCUGGUAGUAGAUACUGAAAGGUUCAAUCAACAUUGGACCACGAUGGUGAGUGCCUUCUGGGAAGGCAAGGCGCUGGGCCUUUUUUUUUUUUUUUUUAAAACCUGGCUGAAACUGCUCCUAACUAGUUCCAACAAGGAAAAGUCCUCUGACGCCAUCAUCACCCUUAUCUGAAGAGUAGAACAAGUGACAGGACCCUGGCCCUGGAGCUAGAUUCUCAGCAUGAAACACAAAUAUUAUCCUUUCUCUGCCCUUUCUCCAAUAUGUCGGGCUUCAGAGCAGAUCCUGAACCACAUGGAAGAGGUUGGUUAUCUGGCUGCUCUAGGUGUGUUCCACACAGAUCAUCUUGAGUGACUGACAGUCUGCCCAGACUAGCUUCAGUUUCCAGCUCUUCCCCAGUGACUACAGCCUGGAUGUUGGUUGCAGCCUUUUGGUAUAACCAUCUGAGUUCCACCCUGCUUGGCACCAUUGUUUCUUGGGUCUAUGCAUACAAGUGCUUCCAAGGAGCAGGUAUUGAUUGAUAACCUGGUUUUGGAGACCUUUGGUGUUCCCCUUUACCUGGGACCUUAUAUCAACUACUUCUCCUUCCUUUUGGACCUGGGAGUCAUCCCCAGGAGCCUGUGUUCUGAAGCUAGCCAUGGGUUAGAGCUGCAGUUGUAUUUAGCUGAGGGAGAGGAAAAGAAGGUGCUUACGCAUGGAGUUUCUUUCUCUGAAACCAAGCCGGUACAAAGACACACUUCUACAUGGAAGAAGUGUGUUUCUACUUUUGUCUGCCUGUGAAGCUAGCAGCUCCCUCUCGGAGCUCCACAUGUCCUGAAGGCCACUGCUCUUUCUGUUCAAACCUCAGCUGCUCUUCUCUUCCAGGCUCACUCAUUUUGGUAUUCAUCCUCUUGGGUACUCUUCAGGCUUAGAUUCUAACUUCUCAAACCCCCCCCCCC